CUUGCAGUCACGAAAGCUUUAAAUCGAAAUUUAACCGUCGACGUGCCAAGCAACGCGCGCUCCGAUUGGUCGAGCGCGUUGAUGGUAUUCGACCAACAGGAUCGAGCGACGUUGCGCGCCGACGAAGGGAGUGCAAAGAUGGCGGCCCCCUGUUGUCGUCUUUGGCCGUGGCUUCGCUGGAGGCCGAGUGGGGGGCUGCUGGUCAGGGCGGGGGCCCAGGCUCCCCCCACCCGGCGCCUGGUGCACGGGGACGGGCGGAACGUGCCUCGCCGGGCGGUGCUGUACGUGCCGGGAGACGACGAGAGGAAGCUGCGCAAGCUGCCAACGCUCGGCGCCGACUGCGCCGUCAUGGACUGCGAGGACGGAGUGGCGCAGAACAGAAAGGAGGUGGCGCGUGACACGGUGGUGCGGAUGCUCAGCGAGCUGAGCCUGGGCCGCACCGAGCCCAGCGUCCGCGUCAACGCCGUCGCCAGCGGCCUCGCCGAGGACGACCUCCGCGCCUUGCUGGGGGGGCCGGUGCUGCCCCCCACCAUCCUCCUGCCCAAGGUGGACUCGGUGGACGACAUCCGAUGGUUUGCCGAGCGCUUUGAGAAGGGAGUGGCGGAACGAGAGCUGCCAGCGCCGAUAAACCUCAUCACGUUCGUGGAGAGCGCCGUGGGGCUGCUGGACCUCAGGGAGAUCUGCUGUGCGGCGAUCUCCGUUGGGGAGCGUGUGGGACUGACUCUCGCCGGCAUCGUCUUCGGAUCCGACGACUUCUGUGCCAGCAUCGGAGCGACGCGCACGUCGGACGCGCGUGAGCUGCUGUACGCGCGCCAGCACGUGGUAGUGGUGGCGCGUGCGCUGGGCCUGCAGUCCAUCGACAUGGUGCACAUCGACUUCCGCGACCCCGAGGGGCUGGCACGGCACGCGCGCGACGGCGCCCUAAUGGGCUUCACCGGUAAACAGGUGAUCCACCCGAGCCAGGUGUCUGUGGUCCAGCGCGAGUUCUCUCCCAGCGCCGCGCGCCUGCAGUGGGCAUCGGAGCUGGUGCACGCCUUCUCUCAGCACCAGCAGCAGGGCAAGGGUGCGUUCACCUUCCAGGGCAGCAUGAUCGACAUGCCGCUGCUCCGCCAGGCACGGAACAUCCUCGCCAUGGCCGCCUCCACCUCGCGAUCAUAGUCCCCACCACUCGCGCACGCACACACACACACACGAAUGCAGACAGACACAAAUGCAGACACACACACGCACGCGUACAUAUGCAACGACUCCAACACAUCGGUUGCGCGGGAAAGAUUUUAUUGUCUCCCGCAGCGAAGACGAUAACUUCCACCGUGACAAGCGGCCCGAGGCUUCCCCCGGUCCUCUUCUCCUCCUCCCCCUUUCCCGCUCCGUUCUCUCUCCCGGUUCUCUCCAUCCAUUCGCUUCUCUCCUCCCGUCGUCCCUCGUCGCCGCCCUCUCCUCGUCUCCCACUUGCUGCGCUGCACCGACUGCCGGCCGCUCGACCUUCCCUCGUCACCGGGAGGCGAGCGCCCGC